CGCCCCGCCCCUCCCCUGCCGGGAAUCGAAACCAUGCAGCAGCCCGAGGCCGCGCCCGCCGGGCCCCCCGCGCCCCCCCAGGGCCCCGCGCGCCCCCCGACGCCCGGCAGGGGCUCCCCGGACCCCCAGGACCCCCAGGACUCCCCGGAGGCCCCGCGGGAGCCGGAGGAGGAGCAGGAGGAUGGGCGCCCCGAGGACCCGGAGGAGGACUUCAGCUUCCUCCACUGUGCAGCUUGUGGCUCGGAGCCCAAGGCGCCCAAGCUGCUGGGCUGCCUGCAUACGCUGUGCGGGGGCUGCCUGGGGGAACCGGGCGCGGGAUGCCCGGCCUGCGGUGAACCCGGGGACACGGGCGUGCUGGACAACGCCUUCUUCGAGAACCUGCAGCGGCGGCUGGCCACGCAUCGGCAGGUCGUGGGCGCCCGGGCCCCCUGCUCACGGUGCCGGGAGCCGGCGGCCGUGUGGUGCCCGGAGUGUGAGCAGCUGCUGUGUUCCUGCUGCAGUGAGGCCCACGGCUGGUUCCUGAAGCAUGAGGCCCGGCCGCUGGCAGAGCUGCGGGCACAGCCCGCCAGCGACUUCCUGGACAGCACCCGUAGGGGCUGCGCCAUCUUCUGCGCCAACAGCACUCACCGCGUGCCCACACUCACCAGCAUCUACUGCCGGGGCUGCGACAAGCCGCUGUGCUGCGCGUGUGCGCUGCUGGACCGGGGCCACGCGGAGCAGCAGUGCGACCUGGGCGCAGAGGUGCGUGAGCGCCAGGAGGAGCUGGGGGCCGCGGUGCGGGCGCUGCGCGAGCAGGAGGCCACCUUCCGGGAGGCGCGGGGGCGCGCGCGCGAGGCCGAGGGCCGGCUGCUGAGCGCGCGCGCCGAGGCGGAGACGGUGAUCCGCGCGCGCGUGCACCUGGUGCUCGAGCACGUGCGGGCGCGGGAGCGCGCGCUGCUGGCAGCGGUGGCGGCGCGCUUCGAGCGCGAGCACGCGACGCUGGGGGCGCGCCUGCGGGAGCUGGACGCGGGGCUGCAGCGGCUGCGCGCGGGGGGCGCGCUCGUGGCGCGCAUGGAGCGCUUCGCCUCGGACCAGGAGGUGCUGGACAUGCACAGCUUCCUGCGGGGCGCGCUCGGGCGGCUGCAGGGCCAGCGCCCCGCCGGGCCCGCCGGCCUGCGCCCCAACUGCUUCGCCGAGUUCCUGGUGCCCCUGCAGGACCUGGUCUCCGACAUCCGGCAGGCCGCAGCUCUGCCUGUGACAACCAGCCCGGAGCCUGCCUGCAUCCCCAGGAACCCUUCAGAGGCCGACUUGCCGGAGGAUCUGCAGGGGGAGGAGGCCUGUACCCUGGGGCUGGCUGCCGUGCGGCCUGAGCCAGAUGCCCACCCUGUGCCCACCUUCGCCUUCUCCAUCAGGGCUGCCCCCCAUUCAAAGGAGGACGCCCCUGCAGCUCUGCCGCCCAAGAGGAAGGCCUGCCAGACCGAGUCCCCCCACAAGCUGAUCAAGCUGGAGUUGGGGGGUCCCUGCCCACAGCCCAGACCCAGCACCUCCCAGGCCUUCCUGGAUGGGCUUCCCAGUCCUGGGAGCCCCAAGAGCCCUGAAAGCCUCCAGAGCCUCGACCUGGGGAGGGAGACCGUGAACUCCAGCCCUGCACAUGAAGACCUCAGUGAACCUGGGGAGACAGAGGACCGUGUGGUGGUGCUCAGCAGCUCAGAGGACUCCGACCCUGAGGGCCCGCCCCACCCGGAGACGGACAGUGGCAGCGAAGACAGUGACAUGCAGCUGGAGGGGCCCUGCCCACUCUGGGGUCUGGAUGACAGCGUCUGCCCCCCACGCACCAAGGAUGGGCCCCUGGUCUUCUUCGACCUCAAGAUCGAUCCAGAAAGCCAGACGCUGACCCAGCUGGCAGCCGUGAGCCAGGACACCCAGUUCCGAGCACGGCUGUGUCCCCCGCAGUCCGUGUCGCUCCAGGCGGGGCUGCACGGCUUCCUGGCCUUCCUGCGCGCAUGGCGCCAGCCGGUGCUGGCCUGUCGCCGCCUGUGGGGGCGCCGGCUGCCCGCACUGUUCGCCGCGUUGGAGGAGGCGGAGCUCCUGGAGGACUUCCUGGAUGCGGUGUCCGGGUUGCUGGCCGUGCUGCCCCUGUUGCGAGAGCGCGUGCCCGCGGCGCCCCGCCCGCACCUGCGCGGCCUGGCGCGCACCUACCUGGCGCGCGAGAUGGGUGCCGGCAGCGCGCUGGCCGGGGCGAUGGCCCUGCGGGACCUGUGCCGCCUGCUGGACGUGGGCCCGGGCGCGCGCCUGCAGCCCUACGUGCACGCGCCCCGCAGCCUGCACUGCUUCGCCGGCCUGCAGCCCCUGGUGCGCGCCGCCGUGCUGGGCCGCGGGGACGCGCGCCUGCUGGCCCUGCACCAGGUGGGCCUGGCCGAGCUGCGGGACGCGCACCGUCGGGACCCCCGCGCCGGGCUGCUGCACUACGGCCGCUUCCUGGCCGCACCCGGGCAGCCCGCGCCGGGCCUGCAAGCCCUGGCCGCCUACUUCCAGGCCCAGCCCGCACCCCCGCCCCGCUGCACGCCGGGGCCCCGCACCUGCCCGCAGAGCUAGGGGCCUGGACAUGUGCGGCUGUGGUCGCAGGGCCUCUGGGAGCUGUGGGUGGGCUCUGCUGAGGGCCCCCUGGGAGCUGGGGUCUGCUGGCCCGACUACAGAGCCUGCAGUGCCGGGGUGACCCUGGGCUGGCCCCACCAUCCACCCCCAGUCCAGAGGCGUCUCUGCAGCUGCCCCCUUCCUCAGGGUCCUGCACGGCGCCCUCAAAGCCUCCAAGUUCCUCAGAGCAACCCCCAGGCCUCCUGCCUCUGCCCGCCAGCAGGUGGCUGUCUCCUCUCAGCCUGGCUGCAGGAGAGGCGGCUCCCGGCCCGCCCCCAAACCCCCCCAUCCUGGCACAGACGACACCCUACCUCCCGGACCCCCAGGUGUCUGCCAUUUCCGGGUCUCACACCUGCCGGGGUGGCACCACCAGUGCUCCAGGUGCCCACCCCCCAGCCUCCCAGUCCUAGAGCUUUAGUCUCCCAUCUGGAACCCUUGGCUAAAAAGAGCAGCUCCAGGGAGUCGGGCGGUAGCGCAGCGGGUUAAGCACACGUGGCUCAGCGUACACGGACCUGUGUAAGGAUCCCAGUUCUAGCCCCCGGCUCCCCACCUGCAGGGGAGUCAUUUCACAAGCCGUGAAGCAGGUCUGCAGGUGUCUGUCUUUCUCCCCCCCCCUCU